AUGGCUCCGAAGUUUUCCUUUCCUGUGCCGAAAGGGAAAACGCCUCCCUCGAAAGCCGCGACCGCGGCAAAAGCCGUGCCAGCCACAGCACCAGGACCUGCUUCUGUGCCUGCGAAAGCACCAGGACCUCUUUCUUUGCUGGCAGCUGCAAAGCCUAGCGCGAAGCCGGGCAAGGCAGUUGGAACUUUGGUGGCCCCGCCACCAGGACCUCCACCCAAGCCCUUGGGCGCGAUCAUGUGGCCUGGUGGAUAUAUGGCAGGAGCGGAGGCUGCCGUGGUCGCAAAGGAGCCUCGGAUGAAAGCCAAAGGGCCACCGUCCAAAACCCGGGGAACUGCGGCCGUCGAGCGGUAUUCCUCCGCCUACAGCACAGUGGGUCAUUUUCCGAAUGGGCACCUGCAGGAUUGGUUGCACGCAAUAGCCCCGAAGUUCUUUACCCUGAUCAUGGUGGGCCGACUGGAUCGAAACCAGCUGUUGAGCUACCUGUACCUCCUCACCGGCUUGUUGCCGUCGGACCGGUUCUCGAAGACGGAGUGCCUGGAAGCUCUCUGUGCGGAGCACGAGAGAUUAGGCUCCCCUGGCAACAGCCUUCAGAUCAAGCCGGACAGGGUUGUGGCCUACGUGCAGCGCCUCUUGUCGGAGACUGGUGGUGAAGAGGACGCGGACGACGAGGUUCCCGAGGACGACGAGGAGGAGCCGACCGGCGGGGAAAGCUCUGCGGUGGUCACUUUCACCGUCAACUUCGUGGACGAUGUCUGGACGCUGAACGGCUGGGACACGAACGGCCAGGUCAUUUCGUCUGCAGCCCUUCCGGAACUGGAUUCCGGUACCUCUGCGGGCUUCUACCAGAUCAUCUACCAUGACGGGCACGCAUUCGCUUGGGGCGGCGGAAGCACUGAGGGCAUCUACUGCAUGGACUACCUUGCAGAGCACACUGCAUCCGGGUCUGCAGGGCCAGGACGGGGCAACUUGAAGCUCCAACGUGCAUGUCCUAGGAUGUCCUCGGUCCUCUGCUCCACCAGUGCUGUGCUUUGA